CCGGCGUAGGAACCAUCCAUUACUAUUCCUUAGGUUAGUGCCUGCUCAGUGUCCGCUGUUCCGCGCACCCACCGUGUGCGCUAUAUAAAGGGAGACAUCUAGUCGUACGACCUACAGCUGCCUACAAUUGCUGCCGUGAUUUUUUUCUUCUAAUCGCCGCGUAUCGAAUUUACAGAAGCAGCCACGAUACCCACAAAUUGUAACGAGCUGACAGUUUGUUUACCGUUGUGGUGCUAAUCGGGUCAAAUCGCAUUGGACGAACGGCUACCCGACAGUAGGGGCUCGUGGUUUUUUGUUGCCUAGGUUCGAGUUACAAGCGCCUUCAUAUGGUCAUCUGCUUAUCUUCAAUACGUAUUCAGCAUUACGCCCGAACAAAGUACUACUCUAAUAAACUUCAACCACCAUCACAUGCGCGAGUAUAGGCAACGCGAUAAGCGAGAAAUCGUUUCGGUCAAACUAAGGGCCUCCUACGCACACUUCAUCUCCCUGUUAUACGGUAUCAUCUCCUCACCCAGGCAAAAUCUGGCCUUUCGUCAAUCUUGGUACCUCGUCACUCGGAUCCUUUGACCUUCUAUAUCGGCCAGUGGUGAAAGGAGUUUUGCCGACAAGAGUCCCAACACAAGUGAUCGAUCAACCUGCGAACAAGAAAGGCUGGACAGGGGAAAUAGAUAACCAGAUAACAAUUUUAUAUUAUCGCUAUGUUUUCAAAAAUCGCGUCACUCACAGAGUUCAUUCAAGGUCUCGCAUUCGCUAUGUUCGUGAUUGCUUCCGUGUUACAGGUAAAUGGCGUUUUAACGAGUCCGGGUGCAGAUUUAGCGCGCAUCAUUCGCUUGUUUUCUAUCCGUCACGGGCAAAUAAUUCAACCCACAGCAUCACAGGCAAAUGGUGCGCGAUACUUAAACGAUACGGUAACAGCAACAAAUGAAGAUUGUUUAAUUUGGUGCUGGGAGACGACGCAAUGUAACGUUGCCAUUUUUGGCACCCUGAGGGUGGAAGAGGUGCAAGGAAGAGAUGUUGUGAGUCGGAAGUGCUAUUUGUUCGACUGCGGCCCUGGAAGUCGCCUGUGCAGCUUCACGGAGAACGAGAACUAUAUCACAUCGUGCCUCACCCAUGGAUUGCCAAACCACGCUCAUGGUCACUCGCAGUUACAGAAGCAAACAGGAACUUACCCUUACCAGUUAACUGCAGAUGAUUCAGCCUCUCAGGGCAAGAGCUCAAUACAGGAUCUUAACAACAGUAAGAACAAUGGCCUCCGCGGUUUGGAGAAAUCUAAGAAUAACCCAGAUACUAAAGGUGGAAACGAAAGUCCACUUGGUGGAUGUUUCCGAUGUCUCGACGAUUCUUCAUGCAUUUCUACGGCAAAACUUUGCAAUGGGGAAAUCGAUUGUAGAGACCGAAGUGACGAAACUUCAUGCCAAAAUAACAUCUACAACAAAAGCAACAAAAACUACUUCAGGUAUCGGGGUGGCGAGCCAGAGGAUCAGAUGGUAUACGCGGCGGAUUCAUCUGUACGUCUGAAGUCUGUUCAUCAUCGUCCAGAUCAAGCAGACAGUAAAGCAAAAGGACAUAGCCAUUUUGGUACCUCGAGAAUAGGUCAAGAAAGGCACUCAACGCCGCUCCAAGGCCAGGCCCAAAUCUUAAACGCAAAAGAGACUUCAACGUUAAAAGUUAAGAAACCGGAUCAGCACGAUGAUGGCUACGAACAUGAUUCACCCAGUAUGAGUAUAAGUCUUACGCAGGUGGACUCCGGUGAAAAACAUGCAAGUCCUGCUGAGGCCCAAUCUGGAGUGAUACUAGCGAUCGCCCUUGGCCUUUGCGUAACUGCACUUCUGCUCGUCCUGGUCGGAUGCAAACUACGUCUGGUCAGGAGGAGACUCGUAAAUUGGAGACGCGAAAACCGCAAAGGACUUAGCCUGCUUGCGGAUGAUGUCGAUGAUGACGACGACGAUGAUGAAGAUGAAGACGCUGUUCAUGGGAUUAUUUAAACGUUUAAAGGCCGGGAAAAUGGACGCCGACGACUGACUUAAGCCAACAUCCGCUACGAAUAACAACCGCUACACGGAUGUCUCGUGACACGAUCUAAGUGACGGAAAAGUUGCGGCGUCCGUUAAUUACAGGACAACAGGAGCCAUGAUUCCAGUACUAUGCACCAUACGUGAAGUGACUAAGCACAAAAACCCAAAAGACUUCUCUAAAUUGUGCUAUAUUGACUGGUAUUAUUGACGUUGCUGUUAAUUUACGUUGUUGGACGAAUUUGUCUGACAAUAUUAUUUCAUUUCUACACAAGUUAACAAAGUACGAUGAUAAUUUAAUGACCAAUCACCAUUAAGGCUGCUCGUAUGAGCCAAGGGUGGGCAGGGGAACAGGGUAAAAGCUGGUCCUCUAGCGCCUGAUGAUCGCUAGCUAGAAUAUACGACGCUCCUAUGAUACGUGGCGAUGUGCGUUUAGGCGCAAGUACUAAGUAUAUUACCAUAUCAGUCUGUUUCCUCAUCUUUAAAAUAACAAACAUAUUGCCUGAAAUAUGGUUCAAACGUUUAUUCUAAGUGAUCGCGUGACCUGCUUAUGACUCAUGACUAGUAUGAUCCUGUUAAGUACUUCAUUAUAAUUAUUAUUAGUACUUUAUUAGCAGUACUACUUACAAGACGUGAAAGCUCUUUGAAGUCGUUACGUACGUAUACAUGUAUCUACGCAGGUAUAGCUAAAGAUAUACCUAGUGCAUCGAGUGAAAUAGGUUAUUGUGAUUACGAUGAGGAUUAUUGUUAUUAUUAUAUAAUUUAUUGUUAUACUAUAUAACUGUACAAUUCCUGGUUAUAGACGUAUGCGUUAUUACUUACUGUGUUUUAUAUAUAAUGUAUUACUUUGUAUAACGACGCGCUUCAAAUAAUCUAGGGGCGGAGAUUAUAUUGAUCCUCACUCAGUUAAAUAGACCAGCCGAAGUGCCCCAAGUUAUGGUACAGAGCUAAAAUUGUUUCCAUAUUACUCAACUGUUCUCACUCAAAGUUCUAAAUCUCUCUGUCGAUUCCUUUUGUUGUUCUAACCUCCUUAAAGGAUUAUUUCAUUUCUUGAGCAUUCUAGGGGAGUAGUUUUGUCAAAUUAAACAGUAAUGGAAAUAUUUAUAUUGGUAGCAGCAGUGGCCAUUUUCAAUUAGUGUCGUAGCUAGGCUUUGCCAAUAGUACCAGACAAUUACAUAUUACGAGCAGAAUUCAUGAUAUAUACACGCAGACUAGUCUCAUACAUUUUUACAAACAGUAUUACAUAAGUUACCAUCUUCAUCCACAGCCAAAUUGAUCGAUAUACAACAUUUAUAUGUAAAAACUAUGUAAAGAGUGUUAUUUUGCGGGUUCGGUUUGUAUUGGUACGCUAGAACGCAGUCACUUGAUGUAUCCCUGGGCUACCUUAUACGAUUUGUAAUAACGCUGACUAGAUAGCAAAUAUGCACGGACUUGACCUUAACCUGAACUUUUACAAUGGACGAACAAUACCCAAGCAGAACAGUACGUGGGUACCAAUCUAUUGUUAUUUGAUUGUGUAGGACACUCACGGCUUCUAGCAACGUUUCGGCGUUGAGUCCAAACUUUCACAGGCCGACUGCUAAAGCCUGCUGAAAUUUAGACGUGUAUUGAACGGAGAAGAAAGGUCGAAAUGGGAAAAAUUGGGUGUUCCUAUCGGGGCUUAAGUAUAAAGCAUUCUCAGAAGCUAGUAAAUCCAUAUAAAGACUCGGAAAUUGUUGUGAAGAUCUUAUUAAUGAUAGGGAAUAGCGCUUUUUCUUCCGUUAUAACAUGAUACCUGUAUAAGGUGUAAACGUCAAUACUGCCGCCUCUGUCGCUAAGCGGCCCUAUACACCUAUAUAUGUGUAUAAACCUAUGGACGGAACAUGUGCGGCCAUUCGGGGAUCUUUCAAGCAGUUAUUCGGUUCAUUAUUUACGUCGACUAAAUUCAUCCGUCAAGAAAUAAAAAAAAUACGCUCUCUCCAUGAGAGCCUGCAUAGGGCUCGAUAUAUACGGCCAGAAUCCACAUAACACAGUACCAAUACAUUCUGUUGCUAGCGUUUUUCAUACACUUUUUUUGUAAAUAGCCGAUUUCAGAUAAUAAAUACUAACUGAAAUAAUAGCUUAUGAAGGUGUA